UCAGAAUGCAUGGGCAUCAGAUCUUUUAAGACAAGUUGUUUGCCGCAUCAUUUUUAUAAAGAGGAAAAGUUUUUUUGUAUGAUAAAGUAGGUAUUGACGUGUUGAAAUAUAUGACAGGAGGUGGGUGACUUAAGCCACACAAGGAGAUGGCAACACACUUGAGACCUAAACCGGUUCAGGUUUAUCUUCCGUGUCUAAACACACCUUUAGCGAGAGGAAACAAUGACAAGAAUUUAGCUGUAAGGUGAGGGUACAGUAGUGCCAAGACCACAAUGUAGACAUUUCAAGACCAAAGCAGUCACCCUGAACUUCUAUGUGGAAGUCAUUAUAGUGCUAAUAUAUGUCACCUUGAUUUAUUUAAAACUAUAUAUUACUCAUCUGUACGCAUGGUUUCAAAACUGGGUGAAAACCAAGGGGUUUGGGCUUGUCCUUUUAUAUUGUGGGUGAGUUUUCUAUUGGCCGGGUCAAAAACCACAAUGUUUUGAUAAAAUAGUCCACAGAAUGGGUGGGUGAAAGCAAUCCCUAGUGUUGUGUUAAUGUCAGUCAUAAGACAGCAGGGUGGAAACAGAGAGAGAGAAAAAUGAUUGUUGUGAUAAACAAUGAGACAGCCAGUUCUCUGCAAGGUCUAUGAGGACAUCUUCCCACUAGAUGUAAUGGCAGGCAAAUGACCCAGUAUUUAGGAAAUUGGCAACAGAUCUAGAACAGGUGCCCAGACUCAUGAGGGCCUGAAAAGGACGUCUGUUUGGCACUAGGGAUAUGCAAAUUAUCAUUACUGAAAGCAGGAAGUCAGUUUAUAAACAUUCUAAAAUGCAUAUGUUAAGACUAUUAAGUGAGGCAACAUGUGCUGAAUACUACAAGACUCAUUGGCAUUUGAACCUGGAUACUGUAACCAGUUUUCUCUCCCUUCCAGGAAUGGUAUAUACUUAGGUUCUGAGAGCUCUGAUUGAAGGAAAACUGAGCUGUGCAAUUCUACUGCAAAUUUAAAGACACUGGAACUUUAUAAGCAAACUGCAUAUAAACAUAACACACCCAGAAAUGAGUUCUAUCAUUCCCAUUGCUGUGAUAGCUGUAUUCCUGCUGCUGAAAAUACAAUCUUGUGCUGGAGUAUCCCAUGUAAGUGACAACUGUCCCGCUGGCUGUGAGUGCACAGGUGUUGAGAAAACGGGAUGGAUAAACCAACUGAGCUGUGCAAAGCUCAAUAUUUUCAAUGCCUCUAUACAAGAUAACAGGAUACUACAGGUCGACUGCAGAAAAUCACAAAAUUUCCAUUUUUUCGGAGAUAUGUUUCAGCCUUACGUUUCCACACUGGUUCCCCUCGUGUCAGGUUUGCACUUGAAGUUUUGCUCGCUUCGAGGCAUCGCACCAGAAGCUUUGUUUUCUUCAUUGCAGACACUAAUUCUUGAGGCAAUUUCAGAUACUGAACUUCAAGAUGGAAUUCUUGAUGAAUUAAGUCAGUUAAACCUGGAAGCUGUUGAAAUAAGGAGUACUGGACUCCAAAGUUUAACAAGAAGAAUACUUCAAGGCCUCAAACAUAUCAAAUCACUGACUAUUUCUAGGAACCCUCAGUUGACGUCAGUUCAGGAUCACUUUCUUGAAGGAUUUUACAGCCUUUCCUCACUAAGCCUCACAGACAAUGCCCUUGUUUCCAUAACCAAUCAUACCUUGAGCGGACUCCGUAACCUGCACAUUCUUGACCUCAGCUGGAAUCGUCUUCGGACAAUACCAGGUGGCAUUUUCAGAAAUCUCACCAGCUUGACACGAGUAGACCUCAGUCACAACUUUCUCAGUAAAAUUGAGGAUGGUACAUUUGAAUAUCGAAUCGACUUACUACGUCUAGACCUCAGCCAUAAUUUGCUGGCCAAAGUGGGUGAUAAAGAAGAGCAUCCAUUUGCCUGGAAUCAGUUCCUGACCUACUUGGAUCUGUCAUAUAAUAAAUACCAAAGAGUCCAGAGUGGUAUCUCCAAUUUACAAUCGCUCCAGUACCUUGACCUAUCCCAUAAUUCCAUUAGUGGAUUCGAGCUGGGAUUCCAAGAUUCUAACAGUGGAAUGUGGGUUGCUAAUGCACUAGAAAACAUGCCAAGUUUGCACACGCUGAAACUUUCUCAUAACCAGAUGACCUCCAUAGACUUCACCUUCUUUCACAGACUGGUGGACCUUCCGCCUGCCCUUGAAGGCAUUGAUCCAGACUUUGCUAUAGGUCCAUCCAAGGGACAUGUUCUUACUAUAUACAUAGGUAAUAACCCCAUGCACUGUGACUGCCUUCUCUAUGAUUUCCUGAGUUUUAUCCAAAAAAACAGUCACGCUAAUGAUAAUCUGAGGUUCUAUUAUGAAAACAGUCUGAAGUGUCAUGGUCCCCCUUCUCUAAAUGGUACGGACCUUGCUGUAGUUGACGCCAAAAAUCUGGUUUGUCCUGUCAGUGAUAGAAAUACUGCUUGCAGCACCAUCUAUAGGAGAUAUGAUGAUGCAACAAUCACAAACUGCUCGUGGCAGGGUCUCAUUCACAUGUCUCAGAAAAUUGACCAGAACACGACCAUUCUGGAUGUCAGUAAUAACUAUCUGGAGACAAUCCCUGACAUGUCUGACACAAUGUACAGAGAAGUUUACCUGGAUAAUAACUCUAUUUCUACUUUCCCUACAUCACAGGUACUUCCACACAACUUGACUACACUAUCUCUAAGAUACAAUUCCAUUCGGACCAUUUCCAUGAGACAAAUUGAGAAAGAUUUAACGGUAAAUGAUCUUUAUCUUGGUGGGAACCCUUGGCGUUGUGACUGCCAUGCAAGAAGUAUCAAACACUGGCUUCUGAACAAUUCCAAUAUCAUCAGAGAUCUUGACGACAUAACGUGUGUUUCAGGCGAGCUGGGAACUCUGGGAAAAUCAAUAAAAAAUGUCCCAGAUAACAAUUUUGGCUGCCCCAUCGAAAAGGCAGAUAUUGCUGCCAUUGUUGGAGGUCUUGUUGGCAGUUUUGUGGUCAUCAUCGCCUGCAUGCUUCUUCUCUACAAAUGCAAUCUCAAGGUCAGAAUAUGGCUAUAUUACAAAUUUCGUUUUCGAUUUUUCUCAAAAUCAGAUAAACAAGAUUCCGACAAAAUCUACGAUGCUUUUAUUUCGUACAGCAGCCUGGAUGAGAAAUACGUUGUGCAAACUCUUGUGCCUGGGCUGGAAAAUCAAACUCCCCCUUUCAAAGUCUGCGUCCACUACAAACAUUUCAUCCCUGGCGCGUCUAUCGCAGAAUCUAUUGUCGAGGCUGUAGAGAACAGCAAGCGUACAAUCAUGCUUCUUUCUCAAAACUUCAUCCACAGUGAGUGGUGCACUUACGAGUUUAAAACGGCCCACCAUCAAGUUCUGAAGGACCGCAGCAACCAUCUUAUUGUGGUUGUAUUGGGCGAUAUUCCCAGUGACCUUGACUCUGAUCUUAAACUUUAUCUGUCUACAAACACAUACCUGAGAGCAGACGACAGCUGGUUUUGGGAAAAACUACUGUACGCCAUGCCAAAAUUAGAAAAUGGUCGAGAGAGACAUGGACAUGGACACAACCAAGAACACUGCCCAGCCUCCCCUGGGGGAACUCCUGACACACCUUUCAUUACAUUACAAUCAUCAAAUUCAGCAGACAUCACUUCAUCAGAACAACUGCUGUCAACCACUCAGCAACAAUCAUCGCAAUCUGAAGGUUUUUCAUCUUGUGCGGAAUCAGCACCUGCCAUCACAGAACUGUCUUCAGAGCUCAGAGAGAUUUCCCCAUGCUGAUGUGAUUAUAUCAACUCGUACCAUAUUCAUAACAAAUUGACUUUUCUCAUAUCAUUCAAAUUAAACUUUAUAUCAAUUUAUUUCCAUUCAGACAUUCCUCAAUCUGUUACAAUAUAGAUAUCAUUCAAUAUUUUCAGAUAAGCAGAUCUACAUAUUUUACUUAGAGAAGUAGUUUUGUAGAAGUUGUAUAAUUUUGUUUGAAAAAAUGGUGGGUCAAUAAACUCAGUUAUUAAUAUGUAACUCAAUA